AUGAACCAAGUCCAGAUCACGCCGGCUAUUGGCUGCACCGUUAGCCACGCCCCUUUGUGGGCGUGUCCUGGUUUUGACAUUCGGCGGGAAGCCGAGAAGGUCCAGAUUGCUUUAGGUUCCCCGGGCGGCGGAUGGUGCCCGGGACGUGCGGGGCUGAGCGGGGGAAUCGGGUGCGAGAAGGGCACCCAGGGGGUCCCGGAUCGCUUGAGGAGCCCCCGCGCGGAGCCGUCGAACCCUUGCGGCUCCGAGGUCUGGCUCCGGCACCGCGAUUGCAGCAAGUCUCCGGGGUUCGGCCUGGGCUGGGCCCGUCGCCCCCAGGGCCCGGGGAAACCAGGUCACGGCGCCUCCCAAACCUGCCUUCCCAGGUCCCUGCGCUCUCCGGGUCCGACGGGCGGGCCCGACUCCGCCAUGGGACACCCCCCGCUGGCAGCUGCCUGCACCCCGACAUUCCUGUUCUUGCUGUUGUGGUCACCUGAAGCCUGCGCAGGUCAGUGGAGAGCGCAGGGUUCGAAGGUGCUGGAAGGUCAGGAAUGCAGGCCUUUCUCGCAGCCUUGGCAGGCGGCCCUGUUCCAGGGCAUCUCACUGCUGUGUGGGGGUGUCCUCGUGGGCCAGAACUGGGUGGUCACGGCAGCCCACUGCCAAAAACCAAAAUACACUGUCCGCCUGGGAGAUCACAGCCUGAAAAACCGAGAGGGGUCGGAGCAAGAGAUGGAGGUGGCCCAGUCCAUCCCCCACCCCUGCUACAACCGGAGCAGUGAUGACAACAGCCACGACAUCAUGCUUAUCCGGCUGCGUGGACGGGUCAACUUCGGGCCCAAAGUGAAGCCCAUCAAGCUGCCUGAUUACUGCCCCAAAGCUGGACAGAAAUGCGAGAUCUCAGGCUGGGGCACAGUCACCAGCCCCGAAGAGAAUUUUCCAGACACCCUCAACUGUGCCCAGGUGGAAAUCUAUCCCCAGAAGCAGUGCAAGGACGCCUACCCCGGCAAAGUCACCGACAGUAUGGUCUGCGCAGGUGACAGCAAUGGAGCUGACACAUGCCAGGGUGAUUCUGGGGGGCCCCUGGUGUGUGAUAACCGUCUCCAGGGCAUCACCUCCUGGGGUUCAGACCCCUGCGGGAAGCCAGAGAAACCUGGUGUCUACACCAACGUCUGUUACUAUCUGCAAUGGUUGAAGAAGACUAUGGGUAACAGGGACUGA